AUGGGGAACUGUCUAGUUCUUCAAGAAAAUGUUGUUAGGGUGAUGAAAGCAGAUGGGAAAAUCAUACAAUACAAGAAAUCCCCAAUCGAAGUUGAUCAAGUGUUGUCAAAAUUCUCUCACCAUGAAGUAUCUGAAGAUGAACAUCAUCGACUGGCUGGAGUUGUGAGGAUUAAGCUCGUGAUCAGCAAGCAAGAGCUGCAAGAAAUGCUGAGGAUAGGAGGAGUUUCAGUUGAUGAUAUGAUCUCUAAGGUGCAGAAAGAAGAAAUCAUCAAAAGUUAUGAUAGAGAUGCUGUAAUGAUUUCAAAAGGAUGGUCACCUGUCCUGGAAAGUAUCCCUGAAGCAGCUUAG